AUGGCGCUUCACCUACAGAUGGAUGAGGAAUUGAUUGAAAGCUUAUGGGUCAGGAUUAAAGAGACGGCAGGGACAGGUGACAUUUUACUGGGGGCCUGCUACAGGCCACCAGAUCAGGAAGACCAAGUGGAUGAAGCCCUCUAUACACAGAAAGAAGCAGCAUGUCACAAGUUCUCAUCAGCACGGGGGAUUUUAACCACCCCGGUACCUAUUGGAGGGACAACACAGCAAGUGGACACCACGAAAGCACCAAACCCCAACCAUGGAAGCAACGAACCCCAAUCAUGGAAGCAGUUAAGAGUUCACAGUGUACUAACAGGAAACAGCAAGUUUCUUCCUCCAAAGAAAGAGCACAAGCACAGCAGCAGCCCCUGUUUCUGGGAAACACGACCCGCAGGCUGUCUGAAGAUUCACUGUGCCUUUGGUCAUAGCAAACCUCGUUAUAUAAACGGACUUUUUUUGCCACCUAGUAACAAUGCCCCAAUGUCAGACGAGAUCCAAGAAAGGUUUCUGCAUCUAGACCAUCACCAAGAAUCACCCCAAACUCCAGAGAAUAUUUCACUACCAAUUCAUCCUCCACUGAUUAUAAACCUCAAUGAUGAAGACGAUGCAGAAGAUGAGGAUGAGGAAGAGAAGUGUAUUUUGAAUUGGGUACCUAAGACUGCAGAAGAUCUCGAAGAGGAAAGAGCAAUAAAGGAAAUAUGCUAUAAAUCUGGAGAGUAUUAUGGGAUUCAUAACUCUUAUGAAUGCCAGUCAAGAAAAAUUGUGUUUUCACCUCAGACAAAAACUGUCUCUCCACCUCAAGAAAAGGAGUUAUUGAUAUUGGAUGCUACCAGGACAGACAUGCACAAAAGUGAUGGCAACUCAACACCUACACAAAUAAAUACCACAAAAAAACAAGGACAGAGUACAGGAAGAAGAGGACCAGCAGAGACUAAAUCCAGAAGAGAUCGUAGAUUCUUUGGAAAUGGAGAGAUCCUUUCUCACACUGCACUACUAAUUAUAACAAUCAAAAACACUGCUUAUGAUUCUAGCAUUCUUUCUGUUGCCUUUCCAGGUAAUAGCAAUACAACACAUGAAAAAAUUAAUAACACUAGAAGAGAAGGAGAUACUUCAGAAAGGAGAGGAUCAACAGAGAGUAUUCCGAGAAAAGAUCAUACAUCCUUGGAAAAUAGAGGAAUUCACACUCCAGACCCCAAAGUAAAACCAAAAUACCAACAAAAGGCUCAGAGAAAGAACAAUGAGAGUGCUCCUUCAAACCUUUAUGGGAGAGAAAACGGAAGAAAGGCUAAUUUUGAUUCUUCAAAACCUCGAAGAUCAGCAUAUGUAGUUUAUCGUAGUACCACUGUUACCAAAGAACCACAGUUCAAUGGCUCUACAGCAGUACCUGAAACACAUUGGGAAAAAUACUCCAAGCAGAAGGAACAACUUGACAAAAAAAGAUUUUGUGGCCAAAUGGAAAACCAUGACAAAUAUUCUUCAAGAUCUCAUAACACACCAGCUUGGACAAAGAGAAAUCCACACGCAAAAAUGUUCUCAAAUUUUAAGACAACCAUUCAGCAGGGCCAAGAAGACAUGGAAGCGAAUAGAAAAGGAGAAGAAUCUGUAGACAGGAGAAAGAGAUGAAGCGAUUGCGUCGUUUUACAAGAACUAUCUAAAUCGAAAUAAGGAAAUUAUCAACUGGACCUCAAAAAGUAAUAAAAUCGCAAAUUCUGAAAAUACAAUGUAAAGCUCUGUAAGGUUUAGAAGCUAACAAAAAUGGAAGUUUGCAUUUAAAAAUAGUUUUUAUGUAUUCAUAAAUGAACAAUUAAUGUACCUAGU